AUGUGGACUCCCGAGUCUAGACUCCGCGACGACGACCCGCGUGAGAUCCAGCGUCAACGAGAAGCUUAUGCCCGAGAACUUGAUCACCAAAUUGCGCUGCGUCGAGCGCGUCAGCACCAAGAACAGCUGGAGCGUGAAGAGCUCGAGCGUAAGCUGGCGCCAAGCGACCGCUCACCUUCUAAGUGGCUGGUCGAAGGUGGACAAUUGGACCUUCCUACGAUUUCCCGUACACCUUGGAAGUUUACACAGAGUACGAAAUAUCACGAAAAUCAACAACAGGAUCGUGGUGCCGCUACAGGUGAGGCGAACAGUUUGUCGUCCUCCCAUCCACGCUUUCGCGUGAUAGACGAGAGCGAAACGAGUCAAAGGGUACGAGAGCGCGCACAGCAGAUGCGAUGGAAACAAAUUUUAGAUGAUCAAGUACAGGAGAAAGAACGAUUCAAGAAGCAAGAGGAGGCUGAGCGCCGGCGCAGUGAAGAGGAGGCAGCUAAAGAGGAGGUUCGCUAUCUGCGACAGCAGCAGUUACAAGCGCAGCGACGGCUCGGAAAGUUCUCGCCGGCUUUUGGUACUGCAUCUAUUGAGGAUUUAACAGAAGAAAACGCCAUUCAUCAUGCCUUCAGGCCAGAGACGUCAUUGAAUGGACCAGAAAUUAACAUCCAACCGUCAAAAAACAACAAUCCCCCAUAUAACAAUGAUUCAAAAGAGGAAGCUGACUCACCUGAUCUCUAUUUAAGAAAUGGACAAUUUGACAAGCCCAAUUUAUUGGACCCACGGCAACCUCCACCUGCACCGUCGCGGUUUCAAAUGCCCAACGAUGAUGCUUUGAGUAGUUCGAGGAAUGAAAAGCGAAAUUCAUUUGGCCAAGGCUGGCCAAAUAACCUUGCUGUGAGGCAAGCAUAUCCUUCUGCUGCUGAGACACAGGCCUCUUAUCAACAUUUGGAUCAACAGAGCCACAUGAUCGAAGAAUACCGAUCACUGCUGGCAGAGAUUCGCCGUGAACGCGAAGAAUUACGUCGUGAACGAGAUGAAGUGCGUCAUGAAAAAGAAGAUUUGCGAGUACAGAGAGCGUUGCUGCAAUUGGAAAACGAAAAAAUGGCCAGCCUUGUGGACGCACAGCGGGCUUUAUACGAGCAGCAACAGGAUGACCUACAGAUCCAUCAGGCACAGCAAUUAGCUCAACAAGAAGCUCAACGAACCGCCAAACAGCAUGCUAGUUAUCAAUACACAUCACUUCAGUAUCAAGAUUCAUCUGUCCAGCCGGCCGGACUCCAAAGGAACAACGCAUCUGGUGAAAGCGAGAUUGCAACUGACCGAGACAGGUUUUCUAAUAAUGUAGCGUAUGCGCAACUGAAUCAAAUUUGUCAAUCCUUGGGCACGCUCAAUAUUGAUGACGAUCAGCCAUCAAUUCCAGGAAGACGGAGGAAGCCGUUAGCUCCGAUGUCCAUGGCGGAGUUUUCAGCACUCACACCUCAAAAAUGGAUUGAUAAUAAUCUAAUCGACACACCGCAAUUCCAGCGAUUGUCGCAAUACCAGCCGAAUCCAGCUGUACUAGCUGACGACGAAAGUCUGCUGAAUCAGUCAUUAGUUGGCGAUAGCGUUUUUGUGCCUCUGAGCCCCCAGUUAAAGGAGCAAGGCAAUAAAGGGCCAUUGCCUCGCACCACUAGCUCUCCAACUUCGGCAGAUCGACAGCGUACUAAUCAACGUGCGCAUCCUCUUCGAAGCAGCCGAGUUAUAAAAAGCCGAGGUUUCUAUGACUUUGAACAGUUUCCUGUGGCCACCGGCAAGAAGAAAGUUCAAGUGUUUGAGUGUCCUACGGAGACUUGGAAGGAGUGCAAACCUUUCACUGCACGGAAAAAAGGCAACGAAAAUGAACCAGAGAUGACAAUGCGUGAGGAGAUACGCAAGGAAUUUGACGAAACGUUUGCCUCAGUAUUAGAUUUUGCUUCGUCGAGCUUGAAAGGAAAAGACAAGAAGAAGCACGAGGCCAAAAAAAUUGAGGCUCUUGGUGGAAAGGCCGCUAAGAAUCGAAGUGUGCCGUAUAAAAUUCUUGUCGGGUUGAGAACUAAAGGUUUUGCCAGUAAACAACGUCGCGAGAAAUUGCUGAAGGAGUCAGAUGUGGUAACGGGCAAGCGAAAAUCGAGCGUAAGAUCAAUAGACCAGCAGAAGCGAAAGAAAGUUGACUAUGGCGUACAGGCCACCAAAGGACGAUUCAAGGGCGGCGUAUUAGACAAGUGUAAGCUACUGAGUAUACCAAAAGAAGAACAUUUUAAUAAACAUCAUUUCCGCAUCCACGACAUUAAAGGUGACAUGACUGUGACACAACCGCAUCUCAAAUUGGUCAGCUGUGUGUUUGUGGGCAAGACGUUACAACGAAUUUUUAUUCUAGCUGGCAGACUUAAAAUACUUUGCGAUUUAUCGCUGCUUUAUGCAGACCAACGAGCCAUUGUAUGUCACGCUGCUGAAGCUGACCCCACUGAAUCACUAUCCAAAAGCUAUGAGAGAAAAGUUAAUCAUUCGUUCUUCUGCUAUGGAUCGAAAUAA